AUCUCCAAAAAAAAACCAAAGAAAUUAAACGAUAAAUUAAAGCACAGGAGGAAGAGGAGGGGGAAAAACAAAACAAAAGCAAAGCAGCUUUGGGUUCCUUUCCCAUUUCAGCCUCUACCUUCCAAUCUCUCUCACCCGCUCUCUUCGGCAAACCCUCAACGCAAGAUCAAAUCCUUUUUGCCUCUAAUUCGUUCCCCCAAUCAAUCGAUCAAGCAGCCGGAGCUUAUGAUCUCGAAUUUUUGAAGAGACUGUGGAUGGCUUGUAAAGAGGACACUAAUGCAUCUGCGCAAGAGUCUUUAACCCGGGAAGACUCUGAGAUAUGUAGGACUGAAUUGGAAUCUCGGCGGUUUCAGGUAGAUAGUUUAGAAGCUGAGCUUAUGGAUGUCAAGGCUUGCCUUGAGUUCGGUUCAGAGGAAGACGCCAGAAAGGAGUUAGGCGUUCUUUCUGGUAGGGUGAGAACGACUGCGACAAUGUUGCGGUACUUGAGAUCAAAAGCUACAGUCUUGGCCAUUCCUGAUCUAUCUCAGAUGGUACUUAAAGACGGUGGUGGUUCAUCUUCCUGUGAAGAUACAUUAUCUGAAGCUAGAAGGCAAUGUGGUGGCUCCUUGGGUAUAGAGGAUGGAGCUUAUACUAGUGAGAUGCUCCAGUCCAUAGAGAUGGUUACUAACGUGCUUGAGUUUCUUGUUAAGAGAGUUUCAGUAGCGGAAUCUGAGACUGCUGUUCAAAAGGAGAUGGUACUCUUGGGAGAGGAAGAGCUUAGUAAGAAGACGGUCCAAAUCGAGAAUCUGGCCGUAAAGUUACAAGAGAUGGAGCGGUUUGCUCACGGAACUAAUAGUGUUCUGAGCGAAAUGAGGGAAAGGAUUGAGGAGCUAGUUGAAGAGACGAUGAGACAGAGGGAGAAAGCUGUGGAGAAUGAAGAGGAGCUGUGUCGUGUGAAGAGAGAGUUCGAGUCUCUUAAAAGCUAUGUCAGCACUUUCACCAAUGUCAGGGAAACGCUUCUUUCGUCUGAGAGACAGUUCAAAACCAUCGAAGAGCUCUUUGAACGGUUGGUGAGUAAGACGACACAACUAGAGGAAGAGAAGGCGCAAAAGGAGGUUGAAGUACAGAAACUGAUGGAAGAGAAUGUGAAAUUGACAGCACUUCUUGACAAGAAAGAAGCUCAGCUUUUAGCGUUGAAUGAACAAUGCAAAGUUAUGGCUUUAAGUGCAUCAAACAUCUGAACAUUUGCUUAUUUCUUCGCCUCAUCUCUUGUUGUUAUGAUUUUUUCUCUUUCUUAAGACAAAGCAGUGGUUUUUCCAAAGAGAAGAUCUUCCAAAUUGUUGCAAAGCUGCUUA